CUCCGGACGCAGUAGCGAAGGCUCAGAAACAUGGAGGCGGGGGACACGGGGACUGCUGGACCGUCCUCUCGGCCGGAGGCCUCGGUGUCUGCCGAUGACCGGCUUUUCCUGGUUAAAGGUGGAAUUUUCCUUGGUUCUGUUGCUGCAGCAGGAAUGCUAGCUGGAUUUGCCACAACAUUGUCUUUGGCUAAAAAGAAAAGUCCUGAGUGGUUCAAUAAGGGAAGUAUGGCCACAGCUGCCUUACCAGAGAGCGGGUCUUCCCUGGCCUUGCGAGCCCUGGGCUGGGGCUCACUUUAUGCCUGGUGUGGGGUCGGUGUGAUCAGCUUCGCAGUCUGGAAGGCUUUAGGAGUGCACAGUAUGAAAGACUUUCGAAAUAAAAUGCAGUCAAUAUUUCCAGUAAUUCCCAAGAACUCUGAGUCGGCUGUUGAGUGGGAGGAAGCACUGAGAUCCAAAUGAGAGGAGCAUGGUGGAUGAAGUCUGGACGAGUGCUACGGGGAAGGCUGGCUUUGGAGCUCUCACAGCCCCGAAGGGACUCAAGUGAGUUCUCCUCAGGAACACACACAGUCGCUGACUGAGCCUCUGGGACGGACGGCGUUCAGUGUCCUCACAGAGGCCUGCCGUCAUGACUGGGCGCUGCUCCUUUACAGCUGAUCUGGUUACAUUCACAGGAGGGGGAGGGGGUUAGGGUUAGCAAAGUUUGAAAAGUUAGGAAGACUGUUCAAAAUAAUUGCAUGGGUACCUUCUCUAGGUAAAGGAAAUCCCAGGGGAAAUACUUUUAUGACUGUAAAGUUGAAAGCCAAGUUUUCUACCUGAAAAUAAUAAUGUAUGAUGGAAAAUCUUUAUAAACAGACAGUGGUACCUCA